AUGUCACCGGUGUGCCACAACUUUGUGCAAAACGCGUGGAAAAAAGACUUCUGUUCUAAUUGUUUUAAGUCACGCGAAGAGCACGUUAAACAAGAGCGGACAGGGACAGAUGGCAGCAAGUACCUCGCCACACCCUUCCAAAACAGAGGCACGUACUUCAAGAAAACUCCACAAGGUAUACUCAAAGUUCAUACGAAGAAAAAAAGUAAAAGAAAUGUCACAUUCCCUGAAGAAGUAUGUAGCGUUAUAGGCUUUGGAGGUGACGACUGGUCAGAUGGAGAAGAAUUUGAAAUGUCAGAGGAAAAUGACGACGACGAUACGUUCCCAGACACGGAAGAAGAACGAGAGCUCCUCAAAAUUACCAAAUCUAACACAGAUUUUAACACUGUUAAAGCUAAUCUGUUGGGAGAUUCGGCCGCCAAAUCUUACACUUCAUUGUUACUGGGUAAGAUGCAAACAGACUCGGAUGGUAAGAAGAAGACUUUGUUAGUGUCGGUUACGCCUUUUGGACAAGAGAAUAAGCCUAGUAAUCAUAAGUCACAUGUUCGUAAACCCGCCGUUAUACACGUAUCAGAGGCUGCAGCGGAAGAUACAUCUAAUAAUUAUAAAACAAAUAUAAUUUUAUCUUCAUACGUUAAAGAAACAGAAACAAUAAUUAGCGCAGACAAUAUAAAUGCAUCUGCUCCUAUAUGCACCGAGAAGUCACUGCUCGAGGAAAUAUCAGAAACGUUAGAACAAAAUCGAAUGUCUAAAAGUACAGACAUUCAUUUGACUCAAAAAAAUUGUAAUAAACCUACAGUGGUUGAUGAGAAGAUGAAAGAAAGCAUGCAAGAUGAAUCAGAUAGGAAAGAAAUGAGUGAAAUGAAAAAGAAUGGUAUUGUAAGGCAAUCACCGUUACACAAAACUCAAGAAAGGCCAAAGGUAAACUUAAGUCGGCCAGAAUUUAAAUUUUGUAAAAUCAAUAUUGAGAGCACUAGUGUUGAUUCGGCGGUUGGCACUUUAAACUCGACUGCUAAUAACUCAUUAGCAUCUGACGACGAAAGCUUUAGCGCCCGGACCGACUCUGACAAUGAUGACAGCGGACAUUUCUCAGAAACUAAUAAAGCAGAGGAAACAGUUAAAAUCAAAAUAUUCAGCGAAGGCGAUAAGAAUUACAAAAUGUCACCGAUUGGUCAAAUAAGAAAAGCAGAUGGACAGGCAAGCACUGGAUAUUCUACAUUCCAAAGUCCGAUUAUUGAUAUGCCUCCCAUAUUGCCGAAACAAACAGAUAAUAUAUUUUCUGCAGAAGCCAGUCGUGAGUUGGCGGGCGAACCGGACGGUAGAGCUGACCCAGACGAGGCCACCGAAGCGCCCGCCUUACCUAAAAGUCCUAUCCCCACUCUUGACUUGCGGCCGUCGUUUCUGCAUGGCAUGAUAUCUGAUAUACUGCCUGCUCACAAACCGGCUCUGCCAGAAAAACCGAAGCUGCCGAUCAAGCCAGUUAUCAAACAGACGACGAAAAAAAGUGUUAUCACAACAAGCCAGCAACAGUUAAAUAUGUAUAUGCAUACAAAGAACGAAGAUGAAAAAAUAAUGACAGCGUUAAGUGAUGAAAAAAAUAAUGAGAUAACUGAGGUACACGAAGACAAACCUGAAUCAAUUUAUUACGCGCAACCGGUUUUAACUAAAGAGGACAGUGACUCAUCACUGAGCAAUAUCUGUAAGCGGAAAGCACCCACGCCCCCCUCAUCACCCACUGUAGAAGAAUACCCUAAUAUUUACCAAAGAAACACAAACGGGUUCAUGAAAUCUGAUGCACCUAUUGUUAGGGAAUUGGAGAAACGGGAGAGGGCCACUGGAUCCACAUCUAACAAAUCAAAACUCAUAGAGGACAUGCCUGAAGUGAAGAAAAUUGACAUAACUCCCGAACCAGCGCCUCGGAGGAACAUUUCUUUAUCCCAUGAUAACUUACUACUCGAUGACAAGCGCAAAGGUAAACUUAAGUUUUCGAUUAAGAAGCUGCUACGAAUAGGGUCAUCGAAAGAUCUAGAUAAAAAAGAGUUGACUAUCGCAACAGUGACUAAAGUGACUAAUAAACCUGAAGAGAUAUACGAUUUGACACCGAAACCGAAGCCGCGUCUUGUGAUCAUACACCCGUUAGAUAUAAACGGGUCAAACGGAGUAGAAGUAGUCAAAACAAAUUGUGAGAUACCAGAUUUACGACGUUUGAGUCACGAUGACAUAUCGUCCAUCUAUAGUGGAUCUAGUUCGGCUACGGAACCAGAAACUCCGAAAGUUACGAACAAGCCUCCCCCACCUCCUAGGCAAAUUAGUGAUGAUCAGAAGACUGUAUCAGUUGUGCCGAAGCCCGCAAGGCCGCCGCCGCCAAAGUCAGCUGCAUUGCAGAAAAAACAGAAACAGCAAGCGUGGUCUGCUGCACCAACUAAGACCGAUAACAUAUACGCGAACUUAGGAGAAAUCAGAUCAGCGCUUGCACCGCGGAAACCAGAACGGACGGCGAGCAUGCGCGAAAGAGAAGCACGUUUGGAACUACCCAAACGAAGGAAUCAAAUAGAUGACGAUAAAGACGAACUAGACGACGGACCCCAGGAGUUAGUCCAAGCGACUAAUGACCCAGUUAUACACAGCUACGACGACGUUUACAACACCGGCAAGUAUGACGAGGAAAACUGCGAUUCUGCCAAAAACAGUGACAGCGAUUAUGAAUAUGUACACCACGCCAGAUCUAGCUCACCCGAAUGUGAUGCGUCUAUAAAACCGAGAGAGAAAAACCCUUCGAGGAACGACACGAGAAAAAGUGAUGAGAGUAAUGGCGAAUAUCCCAAAUAUAAUAACGGUGUGUUCAACAGAUCGUCGCUCCCAUACUGCGGUAGUGAAACAGAGUCUGAAAUUUAUUCUCCCUAUAGCUUUUAUAAUUCAAAUGACAAUAUGGACGGCCCUGGGAACGAGGAUUAUCCAAACGACAUGACUCCUAAAACUACGACAAAUAAACUGAGAGUCAGGAAAGGCCGCAGCGUGGUGCACAAGAAUUUAGAAGAUAAUUAUGGCGCAGUCGUUAUAGCGAAUCACGAAGCGCUCGCGCAGGUUUUAGAACAGGUCCAACAAAGCGCCACAAUGCAGUCUUCGCUCCGAGGCUUGAAGGCCUGCACCAACUUGAGAUGGAGCGACUUCACUAUCCAGUCAUCUAAGACGAACUCAGUGAAAGCUGGCAAGCGAUUCUUCUAUCCAGCCAUCUGGACGUCAAGCCAAGGGCCUGUCAACGUCACUCUCAUGUUGUACAAGGAACAGAUGGCUUCGCAAAUGGUUUGCCAGCAGUCGAUGCAACCGCAGACACUGAGCUUAAAUGCCAUUACAGAGUUUUGUGAUUUAGUGCCUCUACAGCAAUUCGGAGAAGAAGGCGAUGAUUUAGUACAAGCCACCAUAGUCGUGUUAGCCCACGCGCAAGUCGACACGAUACAAUCUUACGGCGAAAGCCUGCACGCCGCCGAAGGCUUAACAACGAAAGAGAACCAACUGGUCCAGACAGAACAGAUCCACGAAGCUAUCUUCAUGACGCUGCAGUUAAUCAACGGGUUGAAAUGCCUGCAAGCGCGUGGGGUCGAAGAAAUUCCUGAAUCGUUGACAUCUUUCAUUGCUUUGAAAGAAGUUCAGCCUCUGGCGUCUCAUGGAAGCACUCUGAACCUACCAUCAUCGCCGGACGACAGGUUGAACUCGCUGUGGGCGCCGAAGACGAACUCUUAUGGCCGGUUAUGUAUUUUACAAGGAUUAAGUGACGAAUGCAACAACAAAUCCACCGACGAAGGUCGCCUCAAUUCUCUUUGUAAAUGCGCAAUCAAAGCCACAGAGAUCCUCCUUCCCGGUGAAAAACUUACACCUCUACUAAAAGAAAUACUGUACGAAGAACGCGCAGUAUCCCUAAACCUAGCAAAAUCCGUCCUGGAAUUCAUGCUCUGGGGACCGCUGGACGUGGUCCAAGGGGUGCCAGUUGAAGAAAGAGAGCUAUCUUUACAAAGGUGGCUGGACCUCGAGAGAGCAACAGUUCUGCACGGCCUUGUAAGAACCAGAGUCCAAUUGAACGUGUUCGAACAACUACAUCUAAUGUUCUUAGUCCGAUCAACGGCUAAAGCCAUGUGUGAUGCGUCGGUGUUACUCGAAAAAGCCAAUGUAUAUUGA